CUCUGGAUUCUGGGGUGAGCCAAAGUCCCACAGCCUCCCUGAGGCAGAAGGAAACCUGCUCCCCGCCCAGCAACAGUCCUCUGCGUCCUUAGCAACCCGGUGCGGAGCAAAAAGCCUCCUGAGAGUGGAGCCCUGUGAUUGGACUCUGGUUCAACUCCUCCCUUCUUCCCUUGGCUUUUCUCCUCCCAACCUCUUCCAAGGGGCCUCCACCAGACAGUUUCCAGGGGGAGAAACCGGGACUCCAGAAGCACCCUUGAGCUACCUGAGUGUGGAAACGUCGCCUCAGUGGACUUGAAGGAAUUUUGAGAAGAGCCAUGUUUCCAGUUUGGAAGGUCCCCUGUGAAUCAGAUGCAAUGCCUGAGACAGUGGUGAAAAUUAUUGGAAGUAAACACUUUCGGUACCUUGUGGAGAAGCCAAACACUAAGGAGAAUGAGAACAUGAAGGCAGAAACACAGACGGUGACACAGACGGUGCUCCCCAAGUCCAUGACUGUUAAUGCAAAGCAACUGAGCAGCAGCCCUCCAGCUACGACUAACUUCACUGAAAACCAAGUCAACCCUAAGCCAAAUGAUUUGGAAGAGUGCAAGCACCCACAGAACCAGAAACCCGCGAACAACCAGAAACUUCUGGAAGAAGUGCACCAUAGCAGAUUUCUGGACGGCAGAAUUCCCAGCCAGACUGUUGUUCACUGUAGCUCUGUACCUAGUGGAGACCAAUCUCUAUCCUAUAUCCAUGGUCUUCCCAGGAGAAAUCUAAGAGACUGGUCCUUGGAACAGAUGGUGAGAGAAAGCUCUAACCAAACUGAGGAGACUGGCCAGAGAACAAGUGGAACAAGAGAAGAUACUUUCCUCCUUGCCCUAGUCCAAAAAGAACUCAAAGCAUACCCUUUGAGUUCCAGCUUAUUAGACAAGCUUCAGAAGGAGCUAAAGGUCCUGGAUCCUAUUUCUUCAGGUUUUCUUCUUCAAUCUCAGCUGAGUCGCCUUUUCUUGAAGCAUGAAGUUCCUCUACAGUUACCAACAGUGAAGAUGCUUUGUCAGAGAUUCUCCAGGCAGGACUCUCUGGAUAUGGUGAAUUAUGGAAAGCUACUCUGGUUUUUAAAAGCUGCAGCUUCAGAUGAUCUACAACAGAGCAAAAGAGUUGUUGACAACAAUCUGAAGAAAAUUCAGAGUCAUGACCAUCAGAGUCAAAGUGCUACUGUUCCUCAAGAAUCCAGCUCACAGUCAGAAGUGAAUAAGGAUCUGCUGGAGAUCUUUAAGAUGGCACUAAGAGCAGCCAAUGGCAAACUCAACACAGAGAAUCUCAUUCUGAGCUUUCGGAAAGAAGAUCGCUCAUUUUCUGGAUACCUACCACCACCCAAGGUCAGGGCAAUAUGUGGGAAGCAUGGAUUAUAUCUGACUUUGAGCCUCCUAGAAACACUGCUUAACCACCAAGAAUUGGGUUACCAAGAUGAAAUAAAAUGGCAGAGUUUUGUGGAAUUCCUGAGCAGAGCUUCCUCUGACUUGUCAGCUGAUUUGACUAUGGGAAAGAAACAAAAAGAAACUUCUGCCACUCCAAUACCUUCUCAAGUUCCUGAGAUGCCUCAAAGCAAAAGUGAACAUGUGAAAACUCUAGAAGAGAAGGUGCAACCAGAAAACCCUCCCACUGAGAUUUCGCCACCCACAGAUCCCUCAAACUCUCUGAAGAUCAGACCAGUCUCACAACCUUUCAUGAGUCCAGUGGUAAAGAAAGAGUCUGAAGAAUGUGAGGCAUGGAUUGACAGAUUCAGGAAGCUGGAAAAUGCCCUCUACCUGUGUGAUCUGAGUAAUACAGGAGUCCUGGAGAAGCAACGGGCCAGACGUCUCAUUCACAACUACAAUCUCAUUUACAACCUGUCCCUGAGCCCUCGGAAAAUCGACCAGGCCUUGCGCAGAUUCCGUGCGGGAGAAAAUAUGCUCUUGGAGCCAGCGCUUCGGUACUUAAAGGAGCUAUGAUAACAAGCCCAUAUUGUGAGAACAGAUGUUUUCUUUAUCUCCCUUUUUACCCAGACACGUGUUUCUCCCCAGCCUGAGUGUAGUGAAGAAGCACUGUCAGAGUUGAGGCUGAUGGAGCUCUUGUAGAUGCUCUGGAUUUGGACUUGGUUUCUGGCUAUGAAGCUCACUCAUAAGCUGCUCAGAGUGAUCAGAGAAGCACAGGUCUUCUCAUCUAAAUGGCAAGAACCCAGCUCCUUCAAAAUCCCUUCUGUUCUAAUAAAAUAUAUUCAAGUGACAUGA